AUGUACUUUGUCUUGAAUUGCCAAGACUUAGGUGAUGAUAGAUCUUUGUCUUGGGACAGUGAUUUGAACCUGAGUCUUGGCCUCUCACCUUUCUCUCCAAACAUCAAGAGUUUUAGCACCUGCUCUAGCUUCUCCAUCAACUACUGGACCCUGGGCUCUGUGCAGUUGCCCACCCACCUGACGUGGCUGGUCAGCAGUGAGCUGGGCAUUCAAGAUACUGGAUUUCCAUGUCCCACUCCACCAGUAUGCAGGGUGGAUAGGGGCCUGGAGAAACUUGCUCGGGGGAUGGCUGGGUGUCUGGUGGGCAGAGGCAGCAUUCAGGACAAGAGGGAGACUAUGCAAUGUCUAAAUGACCACCUGGCCUCUUAUCUGGAGAGGGUGAAGAGCCUGGAGGCUGAUAAUUGGAGACUAAAGAGCAAAAUCUGGGAACACCUGGAGAAGAAGUGACCCCAGGUCAGAGACUGGGGCCAUUACUUCAAGAACCUUGAAGACCUGAGGGCUCACAUCUUUGCAAGUUCUGUGGACAAUGCCCACAUUGUUCUGCAGAUUGAUGAUACCUGUCUUGCUGCUGAUGACUUCAGAGUCAAAUAUGAGAUGGAGCUGGCCAUGUACCAGUUUGUGGACAGUGACAUAAUUGGGCUUGGAAAGGUCAUUGAUGACAUCAAUAUUACUCAGCUGCAGCUGGAGUCAGAGAUGGAACCUCUCAAGGAGCAGCUGCUCUUCAUGAAGAACCUUGAGGAGGAAGUAAAUGGUCUACAAAACCAGAUAGUCAACUCUAGGUUGACUGUGGAGUUAGAUGUCCCCAAAUCUCAGGACCUCAGCAAGAUCAUAGUGGACAUCCAGGCCCAUUCUACUCUUUCUGAGUGUUCUAGGAUGGUGAUUUUCACUGUGAUUCCAGGUUAUUAG